UAAAAGUGAGCCGUCUAGAGAAUUUAAUUUUACUCUUUAACGAUAUAUCUUACUAGAAAAUAUCGGGCAUACCUCAAAAAUUCAUUUAUUUUCUUAUAUUUUAAGGUUGAAAUCAAGAAAAAUUAUGCGACGGUUUUUAUUAUUGUUAAUAGCAUUAUUGGAACAUUUCUGUAUUGUCGUGGCGGUAGGGCAGGGUCUGGGUAUCUGCUGUUUUGACAGCAAGAUAUGGACCAGAAAAAGAGUCCCAGUAGAAGAGUAAAGAGGGGUAAUAAGGAAGAAAACAUGUGGGACUGUAGUGUUUGCACAUAUAGGAACUCUCCAGAGGCAUUUAAAUGUCUCAUGUGUGAUGUCCGAAAGGGUACUUCAACCAGAAAACCGAGGCUCAAUGCAGAAUUGGUAGCUGCACAAGUGGCACAAGUUGUACCACCAAAAGUGAAGAAAUCAGAAAGGAAAGACCGAGAAAGGAAAGGUGAAGGCAGAACGCUACAGAAAGGCAGACCUCGUUUGAAGAAUAUCGAUAGAAGUACAGCUCAACAUAAUGCCGUCACUGUCAACAAUGUUACCGUAAUCAUCACAGAGUACCAGCCAAAGCAGCGUAAAACAUCAUCUGGAAAUAGCUCGGCAACUACAAAUGGAGAUACGUCUCAGAUUAUGUCGUCUUCAGAAGCUGGCUCCAUCUCUGAUGCUUCAACAGAUACCCGAAAUGGCGAUAUAACCACCGAAUCCCGAAGUUCGUAGGUCUUUGAGAUGGUUUUCCCCACUUUGAAUCACAAAGGGGAUAUUUGUAGGGCAUUGUCUUAAAUGACAAGUGGAUGCUUGUAUUAAGAAUGCCAUAAAGAAAGCAAGUACGUACGUCAGCAGUAAUGCGCAAAAAAGUGAAAAUGCAGCGGGCUGUGAAUUAUAGGAUGGAAAGUGAAAAAGUUUUAUAAACACUUUGAUAGUGCAUAAUGAUGGAAGCAGUUAGACGUUGGACUCUUGGUAAAUUAAACUUUCUCUACAUGGCAGUGAAAGAGAGAGUGAGCGUGAGUGAGAGACUCUGAUUCUAAUGAAAACUGGUUCAGUUACCCAGCAUUAGUUUGUAAGAUUGGUUAGCCUCAAAGGUAAACUUAUAUUUUUUCCUCAAAAUAGCUGCCAUGACUUUAUUAUGGAGACUUUCAAAGUUAUUAAGGUAGAAGAGGAUUUUUAGCUUUUUAAAUCUACCAAAAGCAUGUUGCACAUACUGCAAGGCACAAGAUUACUGGAAGUCCCUUGAAGAAAGUUCUUAAAUAUAAAUCUUAUAUUCAGAUUUUAACAUUUUUUAUCAUUCACCGAGUAACUGUUGCAAUGCAGUUCUUUAAUCUUUUGACUUUUGAAAUUACAAGCCAGUAUAGGAAAAUGUUGAGUGCAUGGUGCAUCACAUAUAUAUUACAGUAUUUAACAUACAUCUCAUAUUUUCAGACGGAUCGUUAUUACAAUGUACAAAUCCAUCAUGUUGCCUUGUUAGGGUUUUCUGAAAUUCACAGUUUCUGAAGUACCCCGUUUUGUUUAUGGUUUUAGUUAUACAGUAUAAUUCUUGCCUGUAUAUUUUAUUUUUUGAAGAGUAGUGAGUUCCAUCACCUCUGUGCGAGACUUCGUGUAUUGAAGACAUUGCCAUGAGACGUUUCUGUACAUUAGUUUGACUUUGGACAAAGUCCUUAGGUGUACAUUUAUAUCAAGACUGCCCCGUAGUUAGUGUAUGCGUGUGUCAGUGUGACAGUUAAUGAUAGGGAAAUGAAAGGUUUGAUACAUUUUUGCUAAUUAAUUAUGUACAGUAUAUAACAUUUGGAUAAUAGAUUGAAGACUACAUCUAUAGAAAUAGUGCUUUUCUUUUCUUUUUUUUUUUCUUAGUGAAAUAACCAUGAGGUUUCUGUAAAAUAGUGAAAAGAGGCAAUUUGUAUCCUGCCCAAGAAAUUUUCUAGCUGAUGUAAACUUUUCCUGUUAGUUUAAUCACAGGCAUGCAACUUUAUGGAGGUAUGAUGAUGAAAAUGGUGAUGCAGUACUGUUAUGAACUCAGAAAGUGAAGUUUUAUAGUAUUCUGUCACUAUUGUUAAAGAUCUAAGAGACUGUGACUGGAAAUGCCAAUAAAUUUGUUUAAUGGAACAAUCGUUGAUUUUAUACUGUAAGUAUACUGUAGUUAUCAAGUCAGCACUGUUGAAAUAGCCUAGACAAUGUUAUAGUUGUUAAUUUUUAAAGCAGGAAACUGCUCACAGUACUGGAUGAUUGUUACCAAAACAGUACAGUACAUGACCAAAUUAUGUCAAAGUUUGAGCAAGUUUAAUUUGUAAUUUAUAGUCUGGUCACUCCCUAAUUAUGGAUUUAGUGUAUAAAAAGUAACCAGAUGAAAUUGAAAACUUCAAAAUCAUCUACUAUUCAUCAGUAUUCAACCUUUCAUUUACUGAUGUACACACAGCUGUCUUCAUUCAACUCACCUUUAAAUUUAGUCAGUUUAGCAAAAAAUGAAAAAAAAAUAGUAUUCCAAGCAGGAACAAUUACAGCACAAGUGCCUCUGAAUACUGGUAUCUUCAAUUGCAUCUUCCUUUCUUGUACAUUGCCAAAAACAUACCGGUAGAAAUUACACUUAUAACCCCAACAUAAAAUGCUAUGCCAUUACUUAAUUAGGGACACAUAUUACACAGUGAUUUUAAAAAGGAUUUUCUUGGACAACAUGGUUUGAUUGUGAGCAAUCUCCUUUAUUUAUUUUCUGUGUGUGUAGUUAAAAUUAAUUUAAGAAAGCACUGCCAAAGAAAACAUAAUCAAUACCUGUAUUAGCUCCAGGAGGGAAUUAAGGUUGGAGGAAUUGUGAGAAACAUGACAAAAGUAAAAUGACUACAAGUCUGGUAACAUCUAUCCCAGAGCCACUUUGUUAAAUAAGCAGUGAAAUAAUCAACAAAUGUCUUUAUAUUUGGGAUAGAUUAGACCUUCCAAACCCUAGUAAAGACUUGCCACUCGAAGGUAAACCAUGUUUAGUCAUCAAGGCGAGUUUGCUAGUGAAGGAUGUAGCUCAUUGUACCUUGAAUAUUAUUUGCAGUGGUUGCUGUUUAGUGGGGAUUGAACAAAAAAUAUGUGGUUUUGUCAUUCUUGUUGUCUGAGCAUAACAGGCUAAAUUUUAGGUGCUUGGUACUUGAUACUGGUACUGGUCAGGAUUGGUGUGUUAUUUUUAAUCAGUCUUUUUUAAAGGAAGCAAAUCCUUGUAAAAAUAUUAUGGUAAACUAAAUGCUUCAAUUUUAAAAUUUAGGUAAUGUUAUAUGCCUGACAACCAGUAUCCCCAGGGAAGUUGUAUAUUUUUCUUAUCUUUUGAUCUAUACUGUACUUGGUUUUCAGUGCUAGAGUUUUUUUAUGCCUUGACCGUGUGGAGAGCAAAUUAAGAUUUUUAUUUAUUAAUUUUUACUGUUAAGUUUAAAAUUUACUUAUGCUUUCUUUUUGUACAAAUAAUUAUUCUGUAAAAAAUGUAAAACCUCCACUGAUUUGACAUGUAAUACUGCCUUUGUCAGAAUGCAGUAUUAAAACUUGUUUUAAGCAAGUAAUUGCCAUGCACAGCUGUUUUACAAGAGCCUCGUAGUAAUGUAAGCCUUUGGUAAUCCAGUGAGAUCACUCAAGACAUAAAGUAUUAAGAUUGUGUAGUUUAGUAUUAGGUUACUGUAACUGGGUGUGAAAUUCAUUAUCCUGAAAUGUUUGGAAGUUCAUAGAAUCAAAAAGCAUUGAAAGUAUCCCCUGACUGUAGGGAGAUUUUUUUUAAUCUUGCAAUUAUAAUUUUAAUGGAUAUCAUGCAGCUUGUUCAUCAGGUAAAUACUGGAAUGGCAAAAAGUACAAGAUGGUUUUUACCCCCAUUUUACUGUACAGAUGUAGUUCCCAUAUAGUAUAGUUGUUGCAAGACUUUGUAAAGCCAGAUAGAAAUAUUUGGUGUGUGUUCUUGAAUGGUUUGGUUAUUCCAAAAGAAAACUUCUGUACAAUGGAAGGACCUGUACAACUAUGUUUAUAUAGGUGAUGUAGACAGUACAAGUUAUGGAAUAUAUUGUUAAAUUUUGAAAGCAUUUUGUAACAAUAGUUUGAGGAUGAAAUUGUUUAUGCAAAGUCAAAUAUACAUUAUAAAUUUGUAAUUGUAGAUAUUCUUUAAGAAGAUUAUAAUAAUAUUUUAAAAUCUGAUAUUCUUUAUCAAGGAUUCUUGUACAGACCCUGGAAUUAUGAGGUGCAGGUGAUUCAAUACAAUUUUCUUGCCUGAUACAUGAUCGGUGUUACCUGUGACCAAUAACAAAGAGUAUGCUAAGCACUUCAGUGGACAUGAUUGAAAGCUUAUGUUGAAACAAUACUUUACAUUGAAA